AUGGCCUCCAACCCGACUCCCGCACCCGCGGCACCCAAGCUGGACCGAUAUGUGGUCAUUCAUGUGGCUACGACGUGCGACGAACACGGAGUAUAUGUCCAGAAAGAUUCAGCCGAGGUCAUCGAGCUGGGUUGGAUCCUGCUUGACAGCAAAACCUGUGAUGAGCUACACCGCGAAAGCGUGCUCAUCAAGCCUCAGUCCACUCCCGUCACCCCGCUAUGCACCAGCUUGACGACCCUGACCUGGGAAAGUGUCCGAAACGCAGGCUCUUUCCGUGAUGCAAUCUCCAGAUUUGACCAGUUCAUUCAAGAGCAUGUGAUCAAGAACAACCUCGAAUUCUCCUUUGUCACCUUGGAUUCCUGGGAUUUGAGGGUGCAGCUGCCACGUGAAGCCCGGGACAAGAGCGUUGUGCUGCCUGCAUAUCUCCAGCACUCUCGUACCUUCGAUCUGCGCUCUGAGUAUUCUCGGUGGCAAGUACACCAUCCAGAGACUCUUACAUUCGGACCGAGCUCGUUGGCAAACAUUUGUGCCGCACUUGAGGUGGAGCCUGUGCAGUCAUCCGCUCCCAUCAAACACAAUCUGCCGUUCCAUCUCCAAGCCUUGGCUCCAGCCUCUCCGAGACGCGCUAUGGAAGAAGCCAUCACCUUGACCAGGGUACUUCGCGGCCUGAUCCGGAAAUCUCAACCUGCUUCAGAACAUCCCGAGAUUUUGACUAGACCAAUGGAUGCACGAGCCGACGUCAACGCCUUUCUCAAGGAAAGGAGUAAGGUCCUCCACAUGAAUGGUCUGCCCCACGAUACCACUCAGUCGGAACUAGAAUCGUGGUUCACUCAAUUCGGCGGUCGACCAAUUGCUUUUUGGACGCUCAGAACUCCUGAUCAGCACAAGCCCACGGGGUCUGGCUUCGCGGUCUUCUCUUCACACGAAGAGGCCGCUGAAUCGCUCUGCAUGAACGGCCGCGCCCUCAACGAGAAGGCCAUCGAGGUGUCACCUAGUUCCGCGAGAGUGCUCGAUAGAGCCACUGAGAUACUCACGCCAUUCCCGCCAUCAAAGAACCGCCCUCGUCCGGGUGACUGGAACUGCCCUUCAUGCGGCUUCUCCAACUUCCAACGACGGACAGCAUGCUUCAGAUGCUCCUUUCCAGCCGCCGGACCGGCUCCUGACCCGUACAACGGUGGCUAUAAUCAAUAUGCUGGCAACUAUGGGCCUCCAAUGUAUCCUGGCAAUCACGGUCAUCAUGGUCAUCACGGCGGUCAUGGCCAUCACGGAGGUCACGGUCAUCAUGGUGGACAUGGUGGUCGCGGUAACGGACCGGUACCAUUCCGAGCUGGCGAUUGGCGCUGUGGCUCCGAAGGCUGUCAAUACCACAACUUCGCUAAGAACGUGAAUUGCCUUCGUUGUGGCGCACCUCGAGCCACCGCCGCGAUUGUUGUCGAGCAAGGUGGCUAUGGACAGCAGAUGGCACCGCCACCGAACUUUGGCAUGGGACCACCACCGAUGGGUGCUGACCAAGGCGCAGGGCCGUACGGACCAGGAGCUCAAGCAUUCGGAUCCGGCGCUGCCUUUGCUCAGGCUCCACCGAACACCUACGGCAUGCCACCCAUGGGUGCUCCUGCUGGAUUCCCUCAAAUGGGCGGCAUGACGCCUGGCUAUUCCUCAAGCAACAUUUCCCAGCAUUCGUUUGGUCCUGCUGCACAGGCUGCUUUCAGUGGUGCCGCUGACACAACUGCGCAGUCUGGUCACGCUCCGCAAAAUGGAUUCUACGGCAAUGAACAAGCUCCCGAUCCGUUUGCUUUUCUCAACUCUUCGCUCGCUGGUCUCAAUGUGAACGACGAGAAUCAAGGUGCUCGUCGCAAUGGCAACCCGCAAGGUGCUAAGAGCCCAGCUUAG